UUUAUGAAAAAUGAAUUUUCUUAUAAUUUUACACGUAUGAGCAUUUAUAGCGCUUCGUAAUUGCCCUUUUUAUGCGUAACCGUAAAAUUACUGAAGUAAACGAAACAUUCGCUUAGUUUAGGGAAAUAUCUUGGAAUAUUUAACUGAUAUGGCUACUAUUCGAAAGAAGUUAGUUAUUGUCGGCGACGGCGCUUGCGGGAAAACUUGUCUAUUGAUCGUCUUUAGUAAAGACCAAUUCCCAGAGGUUUAUGUCCCUACUGUGUUUGAAAAUUAUGUAGCAGACAUCGAAAUAGAUGGGGAAUUAGUCCAGUUAGCUUUAUGGGAUACUGCAGGACAAGAGGACUACGACAGGUUGCGCCCUCUUUCUUACCCAGAUACGGAUGUCAUCCUCAUGUGUUUUAGCAUCGACAAUCCAGACAGCCUGGCGAACAUUUCUGACAAAUGGAAUCCUGAAGUAAGACAUUUUUGCCCCAGCGUGCCUGUCAUUUUAGUCGGCAAUAAAUGCGAUUUGAGGUAUGAUGAAGAAGCUCUGUAUCAGCUGGGUUCGAUGGCUCAGAAGCCGGUGACAUUUCAGCAAGGUUGUGCCACGUCUGAAGCUAUUCGUGCCUAUGCUUAUGUGGAAUGUUCGGCCAAGACCAAAGAAGGAGUAAGGGAUGUCUUUGAGAUAGCCACAAGAGCAGCACUGCAUAUAAAAAGAAAACGAAAGCUCUGCACUUUUCUCUGAGAGUAAGUGAUUUAACUGACUUGACUUGCUUGACUUCGGACUUACUUUGAACACCAGUCUUUCAAAAUAAUACCAGUGUGUUUGAGUUGGUGUACAAUUUUAAAUAUUAAAUCUUAAAGUAUCAACUCAUUUUCUUUUAGAAGCAAUAAUUCACAUUUAGAGAAUUCCUAAGUAAAGUUGUGUCGAUUGUAAAA